UGACCGAGUCAGAACUCUGAGUCUCUGGAAGCCUCGGCACGGCGGAACCCUUGCGCUCGCUCGCUCGCUUUGAAGAUUGCGCCUUUGGUAUCCGCAUCUGGUCUUCCUUGCCCGUGGUGGGAAGAAAGAUCAAAAUCGAAGACGAGGGAAGGAGAGAUCAAGAAGGGCAAGAAAAAGAUCGAACAAUAGGAGAUCGCGAGGGGUUCUUGGAGGACGAGAUGGCGUUGAAAUUUCUGAACAAGAAGGGAUGGCACACCGGGAGCCUCCGGAACAUCGAGAACGUGUGGAAGGCGGAGCAGAAGCAUGAGGCCGAGCAGCGCAAGCUCGAGGAGCUCCGCAAGCAGAUCCAGGACGAGCGCGAGAAGUCCGAGUUCCGCCUCCUCCAGGAACAGGCCGGCCUCGUCCCGAGGCAAGAAAGGUUGGAUUUUCUCUACGAGUCAGGAUUGGCGGUGGGAAAGGGGAGUUCAGAUGGGUUCAAGGCUCUUCAAGCACCACCCGCGGCGGCUUCCACUACCUCAACAUCCGAGGCUAGUUCCUCCAAGGCUGCUGUUCCUGGAGCUCUAUUUGAGGAUAAGCCUCAGUCUGCAAAUGAUACUUGGAGGAAACUUCACUCUGACCCUUUGCUCCUUAUCCGUCAGCGUGAGCAGGAAGCACUUGCUCGAAUAAAGAAUAAUCCCAUAAAGAUGGCAAUGAUUAAGAAAUCUGUAGAAGAUGAGAAAAAGAAGAAGCAAGAUAAGAAAGAAAAGAAAAGGCAUUCGAGAUACACUCACGAGAAAGAUGGUACAAGGUCUAAUUAUUCUGCAUCUGAACAACAUCAUACUGAUUCUGAGCUUGGCAUGGAAGACAAGAACAGGGAAACCAACAGGCAAAGAGAACAGCCUGGCUAUAACCGUCGUCGGGGUGUACCAAAGAUGUCGGAGGAAGAGAGAGCAGCUCGGCUAAGAGAGAUGCAACUGGAUGCAGAACACCACGAGGAGCAAAGGAUGAAGCGGUUGAAGAGAGCAACGGAGGCUGAUGCCCAAGAAGCAAUGAGGGCAAGCUUUUCAAGAGGCAAGAAUUUUUUGGUUGUUGCCCAAAAUAACAUAUAUGGAGCUGAAAAGGGAGGGAGUACUACGAUAGAAGAGAGUGUCCGUCGUCGUGCUUACUACUCGCAGGGAAGCUCAGCAGCCCAUGAGAGCAAUGCAUUUCGACGGCUCUGAACUUUGCCUUUAUGGAUUACUUCAAGAGGAUGUUUAAUUUUAAGAAAGACAAGGAUGGAUACCGGAAAUGGUUUGGUGGCAAUCUUGCUUCGGGUGGUGCUGCUGGUGCUUGUUCCUUGCUUUUUGUAUACUCU